AUGGGGGAUGUGGCGAUGGAGGAGUUUGGGGCUGCAGCCCCAUAUCUGAGAAAGUCAGACAGGGAGCGUCUAGAAGCCCAAACUCGCCCCUUUGACAUGAAAAAGGAAUGCUUUGUUCCUGACCCAGAGGACGAGUAUGUGAAAGGAACUAUUAUUAGUCGUGAUGGUGACAAAGUCACUUGCGACACUGAAAAGGGGAAGACAGUAACAGUGAAGGAAGCUGAUAUCCACCCUCAAAACCCACCAAAGUUCGAUAAAAUCGAGGACAUGGCGAUGUUCACCUUCCUGCACGAGCCUGCUGUGCUGUAUAAUCUCAAAGAGCGUUAUGCAGCCUGGAUGAUCUACACCUACUCUGGGUUGUUCUGUGUGACUAUCAACCCCUACAAGUGGCUGCCAGUGUACAACCAAGAAGUUGUCGUUGCCUACAGAGGCAAGAAGAGGAGUGAAGCUCCUCCCCACAUCUUCUCCAUCUCUGACAAUGCCUAUCAGUACAUGUUGGCAGACAGGGAAAAUCAGUCUAUUCUCAUCACGGGAGAGUCUGGUGCUGGGAAGACUGUGAACACCAAGAGAGUCAUUCAGUACUUUGCCAGCAUUGCUGCUGGAGGCAUCAAGAGAGAUCCAAAUGACAAAAAGGGUACUCUGGAAGAUCAAAUCAUUCAGUGUAACCCUGCUCUGGAGGCUUUUGGGAAUGCCAAGACCAUUAGGAAUGACAAUUCCUCCAGAUUUGGCAAGUUCAUCCGAAUUCACUUUGGAGCCAGCGGCAAACUAGCUUCUGCUGACAUUGAGACCUACCUCCUAGAGAAGUCACGGGUUACCUUCCAGCUUAAGGCUGAGAGAGACUAUCACAUCUUCUACCAGAUUCUGUCUCAGAAGAAACCAGAGCUGCUGGAGAUGCUGCUUAUCACCACCAACCCCUAUGACUAUGCCUUCAUCUCCCAAGGAGAGACCACCGUAGCCUCCAUUAAUGACGGUGAUGAGCUGAUGGCUACUGAUGAAGCAUUUGAUGUGCUGGGCUUCACUCAAGAAGAGAAGAACAGCAUCUACAAGCUGACUGGUGCCAUCAUGCACUAUGGGAACAUGAAGUUCAAGAACAAACAACGAGAGGAGCAGGCAGAGUCUGACGGCACUGAGGAUGCUGACAAAUCAGCAUAUCUGAUGGGUCUAAACUCUGCUGAUCUUAUCAAAGCUCUGUGUCACCCAAGGGUCAAAGUAGGCAAUGAGUGGGUCACCAAGGGACAGAAUGUAAAUCAGGUGUAUUAUGCUGUUGGUGCACUGGCUAAGUCAGUGUAUGAGAAGAUGUUCCUCUGGAUGGUUGUGAGAAUCAACCAAUCUCUGGACACCAAACAGCCUCGCCAGUACUUCAUUGGUGUGCUGGACAUUGCUGGUUUUGAGAUCUUUGAUUUCAACACCUUUGAGCAACUGUGCAUCAACUUCACUAAUGAGAAGUUGCAGCAGUUCUUCAACCACCACAUGUUUGUGCUGGAGCAAGAGGAGUACAAGAAGGAAGGAAUUGAGUGGGAGUUCAUUGACUUUGGUAUGGACCUGCAGGCUUGUAUUGACUUGAUUGAAAAGCCCAUGGGUAUUAUGUCCAUCCUUGAAGAGGAGUGCAUGUUCCCCAAGGCCAGUGACACUACAUUCAAAGCCAAGCUUUAUGACAACCACUUGGGAAAAUCAAACAACUUCCAGAAGCCCAGGAUUAUCAAAGGAAAACCAGAAGCCCAUUUCUCCCUGGUUCACUAUGCUGGCACUGUUGACUACAACAUCAAUAACUGGCUGGUGAAAAACAAGGAUCCCCUCAAUGAGACCGUUGUUGGGCUUUACCAGAAAUCCACAAUGAAACUGCUGGCCCACCUUUUUGCAAACUAUGCUGGCGCAGAUUCUGCAAUGCAAGAAGGUACUGGUGGAAAGGGUAAAGAAAAAAAGAAGAAAGGGGCCUCUUUCCAGACUGUCUCUGCUCUCCACAGGGAGAACCUGAACAAGCUGAUGACCAACUUGAGGUCAACUCACCCACACUUUGUGCGAUGCAUCAUCCCCAAUGAGACAAAGACUCCUGGAGCCAUGUGGAAUCCUCUUGUCAUGCACCAGCUGCGCUGUAACGGUGUACUGGAAGGCAUCAGGAUCUGCAGAAAGGGCUUUCCCAACAGGAUUCUGUAUGGUGACUUCAAGCAGAGAUAUCGUAUCCUGAAUCCUGCUGCUAUCCCGGAGGGUCAAUUCAUUGACAGCAGGAAAGGAGCUGAAAAACUGCUUGGCUCUCUUGACAUCGACCACAGCCAGUACAGAUUUGGACAUACAAAGGUGUUCUUUAAGGCUGGUCUCCUGGGUACACUUGAGGAGAUGAGAGAUGACCGUCUCGCUCUCAUUAUAACUGGAAUUCAGGCUAGGUCACGUGGUCUUCUUGCAAGAAUUGAAUUCCAGAAGAUUGUGGAACGCAGGGAUGCCUUGCUUGUGAUCCAAUGGAACGUCCGAGCUUUCAUGGGGGUCAAGAACUGGCCUUGGAUGAAGCUUUACUUCAAGAUCAAACCAUUGCUGAGGUCUGCUGAGGCUGAGAAGGAGAUGGCCAACAUGAAGGAGGAAUUCUUGAAGUUAAAAGAGGCUUAUGCAAAAUCUGAGGCCCGACGAAAGGAGCUGGAAGAGAAAAUGGUCACCCUUCUCCAAGAGAAAAAUGACCUACAACUUCAAGUUCAGACUGAGCAGGAUAAUCUCUCAGAUGCUGAAGAGCGAUGUGAGGGUCUAAUCAAGAAUAAGAUCCAACUUGAAGCCAAAUGUAAAGAGCUGAAUGAGCGACUGGAGGAUGAGGAGGAGAUGAACGCAGAACUGACUGCUAAGAAGAGGAAGCUGGAGGAUGAAUGCUCCGAGCUCAAAAAGGACAUUGACGAUCUGGAGCUAACUCUGGCCAAAGUGGAGAAGGAGAAACAUGCCACUGAGAACAAGGUUAAAAACCUGACUGAAGAGAUGGCAGCUUUGGAUGAGAUCAUCGCCAAGCUCACAAAGGAGAAGAAAGCUCUCCAGGAGGCCCAUCAGCAAACUCUGGAUGACCUCCAGAGUGAGGAGGACAAAGUCAAUACGCUGACCAAGGCCAAAGCCAAACUGGAACAGCAAGUUGAUGAUCUUGAGGGAUCACUGGAACAAGAAAAGAAGAUCCGCAUGGAUCUUGAGAGAGCAAAAAGGAAGCUUGAGGGAGACUUAAAGUUGACCCAAGAGAGUGUGAUGGACCUGGAGAAUGACAAGCAGCAACUAGAGGAACGGCUGAAAAAGAAAGACUUUGAAAUCAGUCAGUUAAACAGCAAGAUUGAGGAUGAGCAGGCAAUGGGAGCUCAACUCCAGAAGAAACUGAAGGAGUUGCAGGCUCGUAUUGAGGAGCUGGAGGAAGAGCUGGAGGCUGAGAGAGCCGCCCGUGCCAAAGUGGAGAAACAGAGGGCAGACUUGUCCAGAGAACUGGAGGAAAUCAGUGAGAGGCUGGAGGAGGCUGGCGGUGCCACCGCUGCCCAGAUUGAGAUGAAUAAGAAGAGGGAGGCCGAAUUCCAGAAACUUCGCAGAGACCUUGAGGAGUCCACUCUGCAGCAUGAGGCCACUGCUGCUACACUGAGGAAGAAACAUGCUGACAGUGUGGCUGACCUGGGAGAGCAGAUUGACAAUCUCCAGAGAGUCAAGCAGAAGCUUGAGAAGGAAAAGAGUGAACUGAGAUUAGAGUUGGACGAUGUGGUCUCCAAUAUGGAGCAGAUUGUUAAGUCCAAGACCAACCUCGAGAAAAUGAGUAGAACUCUUGAGGAUCAAAUGACUGAAUACAGGACAAAAUUUGAGGAGGGCCAGCGUAGCAUCAAUGACCUUACCAUGCACAAAGCUAAGCUGCAGACAGAAAAUGGUGAGCUGGCCAGACAACUUGAGGAGAAGGACUCUUUAGUGUCUCAACUGACCAGAGGCAAGCAGUCCUACACUCAGCAGAUUGAGGACCUAAAGAGACAACUGGAAGAGGAAGUCAAGGCUAAGAAUGCAUUGGCCCAUGCAGUGCAGUCUGCUCGUCAUGAUGCUGACUUGCUGAGAGAACAGUUUGAAGAGGAGCAGGAGGCCAAAGCUGAACUGCAGCGCAGUCUGUCUAAAGCCAACUCUGAGGUGGCUCAGUGGAGAACCAAGUAUGAAACUGAUGCCAUCCAGAGGACUGAAGAGCUGGAGGAGGCAAAGAAGAAGCUGGCUCAGCGCCUACAAGAUGCAGAGGAAGCUGUGGAAGCUGUUAAUGCCAAAUGUGCCUCUCUGGAGAAAACUAAACACAGGCUUCAGAACGAAAUUGAAGAUCUCAUGGUUGAUGUUGAAAGAGCCAAUGCAGCUGCUGCUGCUCUGGACAAGAAGCAAAGAAACUUUGACAAAGUCCUGGCUGAGUGGAAACAGAAAUAUGAGGAAUCGCAAAGUGAGCUGGAGAGUUCUCAGAAAGAGGCCAGAUCACUCAGCACUGAGCUCUUCAAACUGAAGAACUCCUAUGAGGAGUCUCUCGAUCACCUAGAGACCAUGAAAAGGGAAAACAAGAACCUCCAAGAGGAAAUUUCUGACCUAACGGAGCAACUUGGCGAGAGUGGAAAGAGUAUCCACGAGUUGGAGAAAAUCCGUAAACAACUGGAGCAGGAAAAGUCUGAGAUCCAAGCGGCCCUGGAGGAAGCAGAGGCCUCCCUAGAGCAUGAAGAAGGAAAGAUCCUGAGAGCUCAGUUAGAGUUCAAUCAGGUCAAGGCUGAUAUUGAGCGUAAACUGGCUGAGAAAGAUGAGGAAAUGGAGCAGGCCAAGAGGAACCAGCAGAGAAUGGUGGACACCUUGCAGAGCUCCCUGGAGGCAGAGACUCGCAGCAGGAAUGAGGCCCUUAGGCUGAAAAAGAAAAUGGAGGGAGACCUCAAUGAGAUGGAGAUCCAACUCAGCCAGGCCAACAGGCAAGCAGCAGAGGCUCAAAAGCAACUCAAGGGUCUCCACGGACAUCUGAAGGAUGCUCAACUGCAGCUUGACGACGCUCUUCGUGCUAAUGAUGAUCUGAAAGAGAACAUUGCUAUUGUGGAGAGACGUAACAAUCUGCUGCAGGCAGAAUUGGAGGAGCUGAGGUCCCUGGUGGAGCAGACUGAGAGAGGCCGCAAACUGGCUGAGCAAGAGCUGCUGGACGUCAGUGAGAGAGUUCAGCUUCUGCACUCUCAGAACACCAGCUUGCUGAACCAGAAGAAGAAGCUGGAGGCUGACACAUCCCAGCUUCAGACUGAGGUGGAGGAGGCUUUGCAGGAAUGCAGAAACGCUGAGGAAAAAGCUAAGAAGGCCAUCACUGAUGCUGCCAUGAUGGCUGAGGAGCUGAAGAAAGAGCAAGACACCAGUGCUCACCUGGAACGUAUGAAGAAGAACAUGGAGCAGACCAUCAAGGACCUGCAGCACCGUCUGGAUGAAGCUGAACAAAUCGCCAUGAAAGGUGGCAAGAAGCAGGUCCAGAAGCUGGAGGCCAGGGUGAGAGAGCUGGAGGCUGAGGUGGAGAUGGAACAAAGGAAGAGCGCUGAUUCUCUGAAAGGAAUUCGUAAAUACGAGAGACGCAUUAAGGAACUCACCUACCAGACUGAGGAGGACCGUAAGAAUCUGGCUCGUCUGCAGGAUCUGGUGGACAAACUACAGCUGAAAGUCAAGUCCUACAAGAGAACAGCAGAGGAGGCUGAGGAACAAGCCAACACAAACUUAGGCAAGUUCCGUAAGCUGCAGCAUGAACUGGAUGAGGCUGAGGAGAGAGCUGAUAUUGCUGAGUCUCAGGUCAACAAGCUGAGGGCCAAGAGUCGUGAUGCAGGCUCCAAGAAAGGGCUUGAUGAAGAGUGAAGCUCUAAUUUGGUCCUCUGAAAAUUUGACAACUGCUGUGGUUUAAUAAUUUAAUAAUCAUUGGUUCCCAUCACUAUGAAUCAGUAGAAUAAAGUGGAUGAGCAAA